AUGGACAUUUACAAUACAUCAGUGCUUCAGGGAGUCUUCCCUGAUAAGCUAAAACGUUCUAUCGUCGUUCCCAUUCCAAAAGUGUCACCACCUCAGACUAUUGAGGAUGAUUUAAGACCUAUAUCACUCGCAGUUCAGGUAUCUAAAGUGAUGGAAGGAUUUAUGCUACAGUCCCUCAUGUCGGAAGUGGGUCAUAAAUUGGACCCAAAGCAAUUUGCUCUUCCGGGAAAGUCAACCACUCAGACACUCGUUUAUCUCCUCCACGUGAUUCAUGCUGCUUUAGAUCAAGGCCACUGCUCUGUAAGAAUCUUUUUUGCUGAUUUCAAAAAAGGUUUUGAUCUCGUACACCAUAAUGUCAUUAUUGAUGAACUUUUAAAAUUACAAGCGAGUCCUGUCAUUGUAAGAUGGAUAAAGUCGUUCCUUACCCCCCGCGAACAGUGUGUAAAAAUCGGAUCAUCCACUUCCUCAUGGAAACCCGUUAACGGUGGCCUACCUCAAGGAACUAAACUUGGGCCUCUUCUCUUUGCCAUUUUAGUCAAUUCCCUCCUACAGGACUGGAAUGGGCGGAUAAUGUUUGUAGACGAUGCUACUGCACUAGAAAUUGUUCCACGUUGUUCUCCUAGCUUGCUACCUAUCCUCGUAAAUGAUGUAUCUCAGUAUGCCUCAAGUAGAGGAAUGAAGCUUAACAGUAAGGAAUGUAAGGAGAUGAUAAUAUCCUUCCUCCAAUACCACCUUCCACUUGAUAAUGCGAUCUAUAUAGAUGGUUCGCCAGUGCAAUCAGUAUUCUCCUUUAGUUAA